AUGUCUCCCACUCAUGACUUUGAGAGCGACUUCAUCACAGGAGAAGAUGAAGGAGUUUUGUGCAAAUCUGAAGGGACCUCUCUGUUUUCCAUGAGCUCCACUGCAUCGGCGUUCUUUCAGAAGCGCCUGAGGCAAUACACCUGGAAAGAUCACUAUUUCCCGAAUUCGACUGCUGAAGAUGAGCGUUUGAAUCGGUUGCAUACAGAUAUUUCCCACUUUACACAUCGAUGGUCACGAGAUAAUUUGUGGCCACGGGCAGACUUUACACGGCAGCACAAAUGCGUUAAAUUUGAUAUGGUUAAUGCCUGGGCUGGCCAGCGUCGAGUCGAUGCUUCUCAACCCGGAAUCUUGACACAUCCUAUCUAUGGUAUUCAUCCACGUCUAGUCACUUCUAUGACAAGACAAGAUAAUCACAACGCAUUCUAUACAACAGUAGUUGCGGCGGUUGAGGUUGAGUUGUGGAUGCCCCUAUGGAAUCUGAAUUUGUGGUUUAUGGAGGAUAUGGAGCGACGCCCCACCCCACAGUACAGCGGCUGUGGUGUACAGAUCCGCAUUGUGGACAAUUCGUGGCUGCUUGAAGAGAUCGUAUACUGAUAGAAUGAGGCGCGGUUGUGAUUGCCCACAACAGCUGAAUAGGUUGGAAAUCUUUUGAAUUGAUCAUGUCAGCCUUAACAGUAAGAAAGGAGUCGCAAGGAGGGACGCAUUUGUUAUGAGUCCUCUUUAGGAAGAAGUAUUUGAGCCAUGCUAAAAAAAGCAAGGUCUACAAACAAUGAAACACUACUGUGCCAAGCAACGGGAAGUUCAUGCCGCGAAUAUUUGCCUAUCUCGGACAUUUGGUUGGUCAUAUGGCCUUCACCUUGUUAUUC